GUACAAGAAAUGCAGAACUUGUCCGAUAUAUUGCCAAAAGUUUAAAAUAUCAUGUAGUUUCCUUUGAUUUUCAAGGAAAUGGUGAAAGUGGCGGAUUAACAACCAUUGGAAAUCUUGACGAUGAAGCGGAAAAUCUUCGUUGUGUUAUUUCUUACGUGCGAUCAACAUUGGAACGCGAAAUCCUUGGCAUAUGUGGUCAUAGUAAAGGUGCUGCUGUUGUCCUUUUAUAUGCGUCAAAAUACAAUGAUGUUCCAUUAGUUGUCAACAUUUCCGCUAGAUAUGAUUAUGCGAGCUCUGACUAUAUCGAGAAAUUCUUUUCUGAUAAGCUUGAACAAUUGAAAAAAGAUGGUUUUUUUGUUUGGGGUAGUGAUUAUAUUGUUCGGCAAGAAGAUUUGGAUGCGAGACAGAAAAUAGACAUGUCUUGUGUAAGAAAUAUUAAUAAUGAAAGAGUGAGAGUUUUGACUGUUCAUGGCUCGAAGGAUGAAGUUUGCCCCGUGGAUGGUGCUUAUAUCUACGACGAGUUAAUCGGCCCUGAACCUCACCAUAAACUUAUAGUAAUAGAAGGCGCUAACCAUUCAUUUAAUGAACAAGAAGAUACGUUAUUGAAGGCUGUAGAGUCUUGGCUUUCUGAAAACCAUUCUUGGUAUUUAGGCCAAUAG